UUGUUGCUCUAAAUUAUGUAAUUUAAUCUAUCACAAAAUCAGUGUGGAACACGCAAAUAAAGGGAAGUAUAAUAUACUACCGCAUUUACGCACAUACGUAGAUAUCUAUGUUAUUCGAACAUAUUAAGAUCAAUUAAAGUUAUUGACGAAAAAAACUUUUAAAUGUGAUUACGUUGUAAGAAGAAUGGCUGGAGUAUUUGACAUAGAAUUACAUGACGGAGACUCUAUAAAUCAAGACGAGUCGGAUGAUGAUAUCGUUGAAAAUAGAGAAGAAGAAUAUAAUCGUACUACAAAUAUAAAUACAAUAUUAGAAUCUGAUAAUUUAGAAAGAGUACAGUUAUCAGAACAAAAUGUCAAUGCAGGACAAGAGAAAACUGGUCCGCAAGAUUUUGAAUUAUGUAAAAUCCUUGGAGAAGGUGGAUAUGGAAAAGUUUUUCAAGUAAAAAAAGUAACUGGAAAAGAUAAAGGCAGUAUUUUUGCAAUGAAGGUAUUACGUAAAGCAUCUAUCAUAAGAAAUCAAAAGGACACAGCUCAUACAAAAGCAGAAAGGAAUAUUUUAGAAGCAGUAAAACAUCCAUUUAUUGUAAAUUUAAUGUAUGCAUUUCAAACUGGUGGUAAAUUAUAUUUAAUUUUGGAAUAUCUAUGUGGAGGAGAACUCUUCACAUAUUUAGAUAGAGAAGGCAUUUUCUUAGAAGAUACUGCUUGUUUUUAUUUAUCUGAGAUUAUACUCGCAUUGCAACAUCUUCAUAAUCAGGGUAUUAUAUACAGGGAUUUAAAGCCAGAAAAUAUUUUAUUAGAUGGCGAAGGUCAUGUUAAAUUAACAGAUUUUGGUCUUUGUAAAGAACAUAUAGAAGAAGGUACAGUAACACAUACAUUUUGUGGAACCAUAGAGUAUAUGGCACCAGAAAUUUUAACAAGAAGUGGACAUGGGAAAGCAGUUGAUUGGUGGAGUUUAGGUGCUCUAAUGUUUGAUAUGCUUACUGGAAUGCCACCAUUUACAGGAGAUGAUAGAAGAAAAACAAUCGAGAAGAUUUUACGCGGAAAGUUAAAUCUUCCGUUAUAUUUAACACCAGAUGCAAGAGACUUAAUACGAAAAUUAUUAAAAAGACAAGUAUCACAAAGAUUGGGAUCUGGACCCGAAGAUGCUGAACAGAUUAUGAAUCAUAAUUUUUUUGAACAUAUUAAUUGGCAAGAUGUAAUAUCGCGAAAAUUAGAGCCUCCUUUUAAACCAUCAUUAAAAAGUGCCGAUGAUACAUCGCAAUUUGAUGAACAAUUCACAGCAACUGUACCAGUUGAUUCACCAGUUGAAAGUACUUUAAGUGAAUCUGCUAAUAUGAUUUUUCAAGGUUUUACAUAUGUAGCACCUAGUGUUUUGGAGGAAAUGUGUGCGCAACCAAGGAUCGUAAAUGCUAGAAGUCCACGCAAAGGUUUCUUAAGUACAGGAAGUCUUCACAGUUUGUCAUCAAGAUCACCUGAUGGCCACAUUCGUACAACAUCUCAUUUUCACCAACAUAGGCAUCACGUUGUAGGCUCAAAUAAUAUGGAAGAUACCGAAAUGGCGGAUAUAGGUCCGCUUUUUAAUUUUUAAAUAUAGCAUAAUAAAUUUAAAUAAUCAAAUUAAUAA